AUGUCUGACGACACCCCAAUUGUUCUUGAUCAAGGUACCGGUUUUGUAAAAAUUGGUUACGGUGGGAGUAACUUCCCGGAACACACAUACCCAUCUAUUGUUGGUCGGCCAAUCCUUAGAGCUGAAGAAAGAGUUAACUCGGAUAUUGAAUUGAAGGACAUAAUGUGCGGUAGCGAGGCCAGCGAUGUCAGAUCACAAUUACAGAUUUCAUACCCUAUGGAAAAUGGUAUCAUCAAGGAUUGGGUCGACAUGCAGUAUUUGUGGGACUAUUCCUUUUAUGACAGAUUGAAAGUUAACACCCAAGGACGUAAGGUGCUUCUUACUGAACCACCAAUGAACCCUUUGAAAAACAGGGAAACAAUGUGCGAGAUCAUGUUUGAGCGUUAUCAAUUCGGAGGUGUUUACGUUGCUAUCCAGGCGGUCUUGGCACUUUACGGUCAAGGUUUGUCCUCGGGUGUGGUGGUGGAUUCCGGUGAUGGUGUCACCCACAUUGUUCCAGUAUACGAUUCUGUAGUAUUAAACCAUCAGACUAAAAGAAUCGAUAUUGCUGGUCGUGAUGUCACCAAGAACUUGAUCAAUCUACUCUUAAGAAGAGGUUACGCCUUCAAUAGAACUGCCGAUUUCGAAACCGUUAGACAGAUCAAAGAAAAAUUCUGUUACGUUUCGUAUGAUUUGGACUUUGACACAAAAUUGGCCCAAGACACUACGGUUUUAGUUAAACAAUAUGAACUUCCUGAUGGUCGUGUCAUCAAAAUUGGCUCUGAAAGAUUCGAGGCUCCAGAAUGUCUUUUCCAACCUGAAUUAAUCGAUGUUGAACAGCAGGGUAUGGGUGAAGCUUUGUUCAGCACAAUUCAAUCCUGUGAUGUCGAUAUCAGAUCCACGUUAUUCAAAUCUAUUGUAUUAUCAGGUGGUUCAUCAAUGUACCCUGGUUUGCCAUCUAGAUUGGAGAAGGAAUUGAAACAAUUGUGGUUCACUAGAGUUUUGAACAAUGACCCAGCUAGAUUACUGAACUUCAAGGUUAGAAUUGAAGACCCUCCAAGAAGAAAGAAUUUGGUGUUUAAUGGUGGCUCUAUUUUAGCAAAUAUUAUGGCUGAUAAGGAACACAUGUGGUUGACAAAACAAGAAUGGGAAGAGCACGGUUCAAGAAUAUUGGAAUCUAAGUUUGGUAAAAGAUAA